AUGGCCAACCACGGCCUCACAGUCGAGGAUGCAGACCGGCUUCUGGAUCCCAUCGUCGACUUCCCGGAUCUGGGCUCAGCUUUUGAGCGAGUAAGGCCGAUAACAGACUUUCGAAAGGACGAUGCAGAGGCACGAAUAUUGUACAUUUGUCGACGGAUACAACCUGAAGGCCAGACUGGAGGGCCACAAGACGGGAAAGAUGACUUAUUCGUGCUGAAGUGCAAAGUGCAAGCACCAUCCGUCCUCGCCGGCGGCCUCACAACACCCAUACCAGGACCAAGCGAACAUACCAAGGACGAACUGAGAGCUCUGAAAACAUUCGCCGAUACCAAAUCGCCGUCUCUACCCCACCUCGUGGCAACGAAAACCGUCGUCCAAGGCGACGAUGGACCGAUGCCUGGUGGAUACAUUGCGUAUAUCGUCAUGACUUUGAUGCCCGGGAGGGAUCUGAUGGAUUUGAAGUUUUGGAGUAUGGAGGAGCCACGGAAGGCGGAGAUUCGGAGGGCUUUUGUGGUGGCGUUGAAACAAGUUUGGAGGUUGGGAUUUGAUCCUUAUGAUUGUGCUUUGAGGAAUAUUCUGUGGGAGGCGGAGACGCAGACUCUGUCUCUUGUCGAUUUCGAGCAUUGGCAUAGCACGACGAGGGACCCUAUCAAUAUGGACGUGCAGGAUGAGAUGCAGAGAUGGGGGAUUGUGCAGCGGGCUCCGUCGAAAACCCACUGGGAAGAGUGGUUUUAUGCGGAGGGUUUGACCACGAAGCGAUAG